AUGAGUUUCACAUUACGUUCAUCAUCAACUUCAUUUAUUAAUAAAAAUGAACGUUUAAAACGCAAACGUCUAACAAUAACAACAUUAAAUCGAUAUUCAUCAUUUAACGAAAAUAAAUCAUCAACAGUUGAUAAUCGUCGUCGAUUAUUUCAAUUAACACCAAAUUUAAUUGAAUUACUUGAAGAAGACGAAGACGAUAUAGACGAUAAUCAAGGAUUAUGUCACGAAUGUAAUACAUGUUCAAAAUUAUUUGCUAGUGAAUACGGUGUUAAUCAUCAUAUUAAUAUGUAUCACCCAAACCAAUCGAUAUUAUGUUCACAUUGUCAAAUAACAUUUCACUCACAUCGUUCACUUAAAACUCAUCAACAACGACGUCAUUCAUCUAUACAUACAAAAUUAAAUUCAAAACAUUUAACAUUACCAAAUUAUAGUUAUAUAUCAUCAUAUCUGGUAUCAGCAUUUUCAUCAAAACAAUUUCCAAUAAUUGCAAAAAUUGCAUGUGAACAACAACGUUUACCAUUAGGUUAUUUAUCAUCAAAAUUAUAUCAAUGCCAUUUAUGUUUAGUAUCAUUUCCAUGUUUACGUACAUUAAAAUAUCAUUUAUUAAAUAAACAUGAACAAUAUGAAUAUAAAACUUGUGAAAAAAUGCUUUCAAAUUUAAUUUUACAAGUUGAAUUUAAUUUACGAACAGUAAAUGAUAAUAUUGAUGAUGAUGACAAUGAUGAUAAUAAUAAUAUUGAAGCAAUAAAAUUAAUUUUAGCUAAACAAGCAUCAUAUUUUGGUCUUAUUGAUAAACAAUUAUCAAAAAAAUUUCGUUCAAUUAAAAUUGAACAAAAUCAUUUUAUUUAUCCGAAAUGUCAACAUAAAAAUCGUACAUGUGCUAAUUUAUGUUUAGAAAAUCUUUCAUCAUAUAGUAAGCUUAUAGAAAAUUAUCCAUAUACAAUUCCAAAAUUACCUAAAGGAAGUGCAUUCAGUCAAGGUUCGAUUGUAUCAAAACCAUCAUCAAUAAAUAUUAUCUAUUCAAAUGAUUCAUUGUCUACAAAUGAUUCAAAUUCGUCAAAUGAUUUAUCAAAUGGACGUCAAAAACGUAAAAGUAUUAAACAUACAGAUAGUUCAACAUCAUCAUCAUCACCAGUAAAGAAAAAAAUAUUUUCAAAUGUUACAAUAACAAAUUCAAAAACAAAUCGAAUUAAUUCAAAUAAUAAAUUAAAUGUUAAACAACAAAUUGAACAAACAACAAAAACAAAUGAAACAAAAUCUGUUUCACUUGAACAACCUUCAUUUGCUUUAGCUGUUACAUCAGCAUCAAGUUUACCGAGAAAAAUAUUACCAAAAGAUAAUUAUAUGCGUUCAUCAUCAAUGUCAAGUAAUUCAUCAACAUCGACUCGUUCAUUAACAACAAAAUCAUCUUCAUCAUCAACAAAUUUAACUCAACAAGCAACAAUAUCCUCACAACGUGCAUCAAAACGUAGUCUAUCACCAUCAAUAACUAUUUCAUUAGAAAAACCUUCACAAAAACGUCAUCAAACACGUAAACAAAGACAAAAUAUCGCAUCAUCAUCAUCUGCUAUAGUUAUAAGAAUUGAUGAUAAUGAAAAUAAUAUGGAACAAGAAAACGAUGAUGACGAUAAUGAUGAUAAUAAUGAUAACGAUGAUGAUGAUGUAGUACCUAUAGAAUUCGAACAACCAAAGCAACAACGUCAAAUUAAACAACGACAUACAUCAGGUAGUUCAAUUGAAUAUGUUCAAACAUUAAAUAAUGAUCAACAAUCAACAUCAUCAUCAUUAAAUAAUAUUGAAAAUAUAAAAUCGAAAUCGAAAUCGAAAAUUAAUGAUGAAGAAAUUAUUAUAUGCCGAUCACCACCAUCUGUUAGAAGAGUUAUAUCUUCGUCGAAUAAAAAUUCUUCAAAAACAUCUAUAAAUGGAAAUGGUACAAGAAAAUCAAAUAUUCAACAGUCUCCGACUGAUGAUCAGCAUGUUCGAGUUCGUUGUAAAAUAUGUGGUGAAAUUCUUGAAGGACGAGGUCGUUUUUCACAACAUGUCAUAACAACGCAUUCACAUCUUUUAAAGAAGAAUAUUAAUGAAUCAAAACAACAACAAACAGCUAUAGUGCGAUGA